UAUCAUAUCUCCGCCCCUCCCCGGUCCUCCUGCUCUCAUGAGGGCGGCUCUUUAUAUUGCCCUAAAACUCCUCCUGACUGGCGCCUUUUUCCUUUAUCUGCAGGAGCAGAGACGCGCAUGCUAUUUUUAGGACCACGUUGGAAGUAAAGCGCUGUUUCUGCAGGUGUGAGAAAUAAACAUGAGCGACAAGCAGACCGUGUCAUCCAAGGAGAAGGAGGCGGAGAAGAGGGGGCGUGGAAGACCCCGCAAGCAGCCCCAGGAGCCCAGCGGGUCCCCGACUGCAAAGAGGCCCAGAGGACGACCCAAGGGUAGCAAAAACAAGGGAGCCGCUGCCAAGAGCAAGGCAAAGACAGAACCUGCUGCUGGUGCAAAACGUCGAGGAAGACCCAGGAAGGAGGAAAAGGAAGAGAAAGCGUCACAGGAAUCAUCUGAGCAGGAGGAGGAAGAGGAGGACGAAGACCAGUAAUCCACACCGCAUGCUACCUCACUCAACAUACUGACUUACUGUUAACAAGAACUGGGCUGUAUCUUCAACAACAGUGCCACUUUCAUGACCACUGUUCCUGACAGGGCACUCGGUCAACACGAGGGCCAACACCGUACAUUUCUCAUGUGACAGCACUGGAUAGAACGCUGGACCUUGCUCAAGCAUAGAUCUAAGUAUCACCCGACAGACAGCCCUUUUCUCUAUUUCAUGAUAUCACAAGUCUUUUAUACUGGACAAAAGUGGGCUCCUAGGAGCCGUUUGUGUGUGUGUUCUAUUUUUCACCUGAAGAUUGUUUGUAGGACUUUUCUUUCUUAUUUUACUCAGUGUUACUUAUUGGUUGUACCUGCAUCUUGAUGGUAGUGUGUAGUUUCUCCAUGUUUUGUACUGGACAAAGGUAACUUUUACCAAUACUUGCUGUGUUUGCGUGAUGUCUAACCUAUCCCUUGCAUCGUAUGCUAGAUGGCGUUUAGGAUUAGAACAAGUCACUGGUGGAAAUGUUUAUUUUUUCUCCCCAGUGUCACCCUGCUCAUGUAGUCCUUUAGAAUCUUUUAGAUAAUAGCUUCUCGAUCCUCUUCCUCUGUCCUUUUUGCGUGUUAGCGUGAGAGACAAGUUGUAUCACUUACCGUUUUUCUUUGUUACUUUCCAGUUUCAUACCAUUUAACAUGUGUGCUGCUUCUUUUCAAGUGUGGGUUUCAUUUUGAAAAUAUUGGGUUCCAGGUUGAGCAUCAGUGUCUUUACUUCAGGGAGCUUUUACAUACUGUGUUCUUGGGGUUCUAAUAAUAAAAAUCACAAGGGUACUUAUGUUUUGUUUUUUUCUUAGUGCCACCGAGCUCCCGUCAUCCAUGUCGUAAUACGGCUCUAUAAAAAGGUUUUGUUUUGCUAUAAGAACAUUUUAAGUGUCAGGGAACUGUCUGUCUUCUUCCACACCUCAGCUACUACAAACCUGGCAAACUGCACACCGGCAACACAACGUCUGGAGUUUCAUACCUCACUCAACUGCUUAUAUCAUUGCAUUUAACUGUUGUUGCGUUACCAUCAGACAGGUGUCUUUAUUACAGUUGUUUUUGUUUUCUAUACCUGAUUAAGACAGGCCUCAUAACCGCUUGCGGACUGUUUUUUUUUUCUCCGUUUGUGAAGCAAGUCAGGGGAACCUGUCAGCUUGACAAUUGUGUUCGCUGACUGUGGUAGUAAUUUAGCAUGUUUUUAGUUUUCUCAGUGCACUGAAAUGUUGAUUGGGAUUUUCAAGAACAAAGAUGGUAAAGGCUGGACGCUUUGGCUCUUUGCUUGGCCAAUUUGCGCCCUGUAGUCUGACUUUCACAAAAUCUGAUUCAUAUCACAACUGCCAUCUACAUCUGUUCAUUUAUAUACUGUAAAAUGUUGAGGAUGGAAUCAUUCUUUUUAAUGUACGCCGUAUAUAAAUGUACAAUGUCUAUAUUUCUAUGGUGCCCUACAAUUUGUAUGAGACAAAAUGGUCAAUAAAGAUAAUUUUCUGUCA